AUGGAAAGCAAUCACGUCCGAUACGAUGGUGGCGAUGUCCUUAUCAAGCCGUCAUGGAAGUCCUCAAACUUCUUCCUUGUUCACCGGAACGUCCUUUCUGACAGGUCGCCGUUUUUCCGAGCAAUGCUUGCGGAUCGGUGGAGCAAGCCCAGCGUCGUAGGUCUUGACGAAAGAGCAACUUCGCUAUGGACCUUGUAUAUCUCUCCUGACACCGGAGAUCCAGAGAAUUCGACAUUCGUAUUAACUUCUAAGGUUCCUGUAGAGCCUGAGCCUGCAGCUGCGCAAAGCAACGUCCGAUGGUGGCUAUACGAUCGGCUUUACACAGGUCUUCUCAGCGACUAUUCUGGUCGAGAUGGGUAUGGAGCUGAUCGCAAUGAGGAGUGCUCAUGCUCAAGCGGGUUGCAUAGACUAUGCUACGCUUGCGCAGACACAUUGGCUCGAGAACGCGUAGUCGAAGUCCACAGGUGCAUCUUCAACCUUAUCUAUGGCAAGCCAUUCAGGUUCUCAGAGGCCAUGGAACCGGAUCGAAAGAUCCUUUUCCUUGCGGAGUUGAUACAUCUUGCACAUCUCUACAGCAUUCUAGACAUUGCUUCCCACAAAAUCGAAAGAGCCUUUCUGGAAAUCGAAGGUCUGGAGAGGCACUACCACAAUUGUCCGCUGUUUUUCCUCGAGGUCGGUUAUUAUUUGCAAUCCGAGGUCAUGUUCGUGAAGGCCAUGGAAUACAUCGUGGGCAAGGGGCUGCUAAGAGAUACCACACUUCCUGAUCAUGUCUUGGAGCUUGAAGUGGACAUUCGACAAGGCUUCUCGCGGUAUAUGGGCGGUUGUGUACAGUCAAUAUCGCGAGUGCUAGCAUUCAGAGAAGAUAAAGAGACGACUUAUGAGAAGCCAUAUCGAUCAUUGACAAAGCCCCAGUUAAAGGUGCGCGAAAUUGCCAAGACAACACUCAUGAACUGGAUAACACGAAACAUUCUCCAGAUCCUUGAAUUGGGGGAGCACCUGGAAUUGCCAGCUUGGAAUUGGCACAAAUUUUUGACUGCGGUGGGGGAACAGGAUGCCAGACAUCUUCAUGGAGUGGGCGUUGGGCGACUUGCUAGCAGAUACGCGAUCAAACCGACUGUUCUCGACGCGGCCCUCAAGCAGCAACUCGAGCGCCUAAGUACUACAGUCUACCUUCAGGGACUACAUGAAUCGAGCUCUCGGGAUCCAGAGUACGACAUGUUUCCUUGUGCCCACGAUAACUGGUACGUGGGUGCUUUGGUCCUACCGUGGGAGGUGAAGACAAGGGCUGUUGACCACAAGCUGGGCGUGGCAGGAAGGUCUCCAGGACAUGAUGCAUCGGCUGAGUAUGUUCCAUCCGAAGCUGACUUCUGGGGUGGGGGCAAGGAGCCGAAGGAGGAGGAGGCGGUGAUUCUCAGAGAUAUCGAUGAGUACGCAACUCAACCUGCCUCCGAAAGCUACCUCGCAUCCCUUGGCUUGACAGAGGACUCUGGAAAACUUGCACACGAGUAA